GUAGCAUGCGGCAGGUUCAGGUUCAGCCGUUACAAAAAGCUCUUUGUUUAAUUUAUCAGACGUAUUAACGUCGACAUCGCUGAAACCUUUUAAGGGACCCCCCUCCCAGAGUUGGUGUUCAUUUGUUAAUAAAAAUGUAGUUAAUGGUUAAAGUUGGUUGAUUCGUGUCAGAGGUGAAAUGGGGAGCAGGUGGUUAUUUUUAACCGUACCGAGAGGCUCUCAAUCGAAAACUCUCCGGCUUCUUUAGAGUCAUGUUUCACUGAGCUGUGAGGAGGCGGCAGACUGUUACCGCGUCACUUUCUCCGCUGUCUGAUGACUGACUGACAGAUGCCUUCACCAUGAAGCUGAGUUGCAGCGCGCUGGUCGUCGCCCUCCUGCUGUCCCAGGCCAGAAGCUUCCUGAGCCCCUCAGAGGAUGACAGCUUCCCUGAAGAAUGGGUGCUGCUCCAUGUGGUUCAGGGCCACAUCGGGGCCGGAAACUACAGCUACCUACGCCUCAACCACGACGGCAGAAUCAUCCUCCACAUGCAAAGCCUCAAGGGAGACGCAGACCUGUACGUGUCAGAUAAAACCCUGCACCCGAGCUUCGACACCUACAAGCUACAGUCAGCCACCUGCGGACAAGAUGUGGUGGUGGUACCAGGGGACUUCACAAGGCCUGUGGGCAUCGGCAUUUAUGGCCACCCGUCUCACCAGGAGAGUGAGUUUGAAAUGCGAGUGUUCUACGAUCAGACUGUGUCCCAAGACCCAUUUGAUAAGGGCUCUUACAACUCAGAAGGUGUACAUAAGGAAAAGAAAUCUCCUCAUGCGACAGAGGACGACUUCCAGGAGGAAGAGUCCAUCUUUUGGACUAUUCUGAUUGGACUUCUGAAGAUUAUACUUGAGAUUUUGUUUUGAAAAUCACUGUUCAUUGCUGUGACAGCAGGAGGAUAUUCUGCCAUGGUACAUUAGAUUCCUUUCAUUUUGUGAGGGUGAAAAAAAUGUUGCACCAAACCCCAGGGAGAUUUCUGACAUUUAAACAAUCAAAACUACAGACUUGAUAAACAGCAAAGUCAGAUUUACAGCACUGAAUUCACCAGCGAAGCCUGACCAGUCAGAAAAUGUUUCACAAAGUGUAUUUAGUUUUAGCUAGACUAAAAGAACACAAGGGGACUUUUUCUGGAGUCUUGAAAGGUAUAUAUGGAAUAAGAAGUUUCUUUGUGCACAUCAGUCAGUCGCUAGAAGCAUUCUUCCUUUUCCAUUGGCAAAGUCAUAAAAUUAUUAAAAAUAUGAAAGGUAAAAACUGCAGUGAAGACACAAAUAGGUUCUAAAUUUGAGCUGCUUUGAGGCUUCAGCACUUUGGGAUACUCCCAUGCUAUGCUUCAAAGAGAAAGUGUUAACUCUUUUAUACUGUCACACUUGGGAGAGACAUUGAAAUGCUUCCUUUAUUUCAUGCCUCCACACGUCUGAUCAGGCUGAUCUUGUAAAAUGUUCUUAGAAUUUCUGUUUUUAGGAAGUUACAAAGCAUUGUUUGUCACAGCAAUCAGAAGCAGGGUUCCUGACAUAUUGUGUUAUUCCCACCGUGUAGGAAAAAUGAUGGUGUGUGUGCAGGAUUCUUAUGGGGGGUUUGUGAACUAAAUUAACUCGAUGGUUAAUAGCAGUUUGCAGAAUCUUUACUUUAGCUGCUACUUUGAAGCUGUAUAAUCUUUUCUUUUAAACUUAAUUUUACCCAUAGCAAAGUUUUCAGUUCGAUUAUAAUUAGUUUUUUUCCCACAUUUGCACAUACAGCAGACUUGAAAAAUGAGAGAACCUCUGUUUUUUUUUUUUUUGAGGCCUAAUUUUCACUUAAUGCCACUGUUAAGUUUAAAUGCGUAUGUGCUGCUCUGGUGUGGUUACAUUGCCCAACUUGACCAGCUGUCACUAAUUCUUAUACCAUGAUCUAAAUGUCUAGUUUUUGUGGACAGAUUCAAACCUUAGGUCAAAAACUGGCUGGGCUUCACCUCGCUGACGAGUGAUCUUUCAGCUACACAGCUUCUCCUAAAAUCCACCACACUUGACUUCCAAGCUAAUAAUACUUAUUUGAUUAGUGUUAACCCAAACCCCUUAAUUUGAAGUCUACUGAGGUCACACUGUGCACAGGGUUGUUGUUUCCUUAUUGCUCAAAGGUGGAGGGAUCACGUUAAACACAUCCAAAGUCAUCGGUUAGCUUCAGCUUAACAUUUCUUUCUACAAGAGGACUACAUUUUGUGCCCACUUAUAUUUAAAGUGUAGUCAAAGCUGGUGUAGAGCUGCAGGAGUGACACAGUAAGUCAACAUUUAUGUCGUUUCCUUUCUGUAUCAACAUGGAAAUGAUUGGCUGGCCCCCUCCUCAACCUGUGAAUGAAUGAACACCACCUGUCUGUCUUAACACAGCUCAGCACUAUGUGAGUUCUGUGUGGUCAAAUAUACUGAGCAAUACAGUCAUUUUGAGAUAUAGACACGAUUUGUGGAUCCUUGGACACAAAGGGGGACCUUAAAAGAUAUGAACAGAUUUUCCUUAAAGCAGAUCAUUCAGUUAAAGCUCUUUGCUUUUUAAGGAGAUGUUUCAUUGAUUUGGACUCCCCACACAGGGAAUGUGGUUUGUGAAGAGAUUUCUACCAAUCUGUUAACAUGAGUAGCAGCAUUGUAUUUAGUUUGAUCGCUCACUUUUGUUUUUGCCUGUUGGACAAACUCCUGAUUUAAACAUCACCUCCAGCGCUGGAGUUCAGUUCUGAGUAGAACUUUGUUACCCUCUGAGCAGAAAUGUUCAACAGUGCCUUCAGAUCGAUCCUCUGAACAUCUGUGGAGCUUUCUUGUUCCCAGAGGCGAUCUAGUCAGGUUUCACAAUAAAAUGAGAAGUUGUUUUAAAA